AAAAAACUGAAGAACUUACUAUUAGUAAUAGUGCGCUAUUUAUGGCUGCUGCAACUGAUAAUGUAUUAUACGAUAAUGUCCAAGAUGAUUUUGUAGUUAAUGAUGUCCUAUAUAAUAGCCAAGAUGAAUUUGAUAUUAUUACCGAUUUUUUAUAUAGAAUUGAUCAGAAUAAAUAUAAAAUAGCAAUAUGA